GCGAACGGAGAGGUCAAAUAUGACACGGCGACGUUCACCUCACCGUCUUCCAAAUUCGGCAAUUCCAAUGGCACCCUGGUGCCAGAAGGUGAGGUUCUUCCUGAAGUGCCAAUUGCGAACCUGCGGCCGCUUUGCACGAACUAUUUACCAGGAGAUCUUCCCCUGGCAGGCCUAUACUCCAACCAGGACGGCUACCUCGUGCCGUCGAAUCCCCCUCCUCCUCCCCCCGCCCCCUCUGACCCCCCGGAGUCUUGGACUGACGAUUACUCUCGAGACGGGGGCCUGGCCCAUUCAACAAUGCAAUCGGCGCCAUCUGCUCCGGCUGCAGACAAUGACGGCCGGCUUCCGGGCAUUUGGGGAGCCGGACCGGAGGCUCUUGCUACAGGGAUUCCUGACAUAGGUGUGCUACCCAGUCAAGGACCUCUUCCACCUGGGACGCAAGCUACCUUCUCGACUCCGGUGCAGAGUGCUAUCCGCAACGCUGCGUCCAGCCUCAGCGCGGCAAUCAGUUUCGCCCAGGUCUCUGAGGAGCUCAUCGCGGCUGCCCGCAAUCAAUCUUCCUCCACAGCGCCGGACACGGCGACAGAGGCCGAGGACCGCCACAUGGAGCAGGCACGCGUUACGCAGCCUUUUCUCGAAGUGAGGGUCAUUGAUCUGGACCAUCCUACUCCAACGGCGGCUCGGCCUGCAGCAUCUACAACGGAGACUUGGUCUAACAAGCGCCGACGCAAGGAACUGCCGGGCCCCAGCUCGGCCAACACGAGUCGGCCUCUGUCUGAGCUGGACAAGCAACGACAGGAAUCUGUAGCCACAGCGCUGCAACUCUAUGCCAACCCGAAGGAGGCCGGCAUCAAGCUCCUGCUACCUCCCUUCAUGGACCUCACUGACAACCCCUUCACUCACUGCCCUACAGAGAAUAUGGCAACGUGCUGCCUGCAUUCCAAGUGGGCGCCCUUUGAGGUCUUCGGUCGGCUACUAGAUGGUCUCCCAUCCAUGCAGGAUUCGCGGCACUCCUCUCCCAGCAUCGUUCAACCGCCGGACUACAAAAGCAUUUUCUUUGGAGCCUACUCACAAGGUCCACUGGUUGGUCUUCGGGCCCAGACGAGAAGAUACCCCAUGGUCAGCCGCCUACUGAACGCAGUUCUUUACACGUUAUGCGGGGUGCACAGCCACUCAACGGUGUUCCUUGCCAGAAACCGUGCCAUGGGACUUCACUCGGACUCUCACAAUCACCAGGACGUGCCGAAUGUCCUGAUCCCCCUUUCGGUCUUUUCUGGUGGCCAGCUCUUCGUGGAAGCUGAGGAGGGUGACGUCUCCUUGGACACGCAUAGCAGUGUGCGGGGAAAUAUACACCCCAUCACUCUCCCUUUUUUGGCGUUUGAUGCCCAAAAGCGGCAUUCCAUUCUUCCCUGGUCAGGUUGUCGCCUGAUUCUGGGCUCGUUUCAUAUCCGAGGAGCGGACAAGCUCCCUCUGGGUACGCGCAAUGUCCUUCGCUCCUUAGGCUAUCCUCUUCACAGGGACGGCCAGGUUGGCCUGGAAGAGGCGAAGACACCGACUCCCCCGGCAU